AUGACGGAGAUGUACUCCGGCCUCCAUGUGGGCCAGCGGUUUUGCUCUCUGGAAGAGUUCAAAACAGUGGUUCGGAGUAUAUCAGUUAGGCAACACUGGGAACUUCGUGUGGCCCGAAGCAACAAGAAGAGCGUGGUUAUCGGAUGUCGGUCAUCGGCAAGUUGCUUCUUUCGUGUGGUCUGUCGGUCAAACAAAAAUUCGACCUACAUCACUAGUCUUCAAGACAGCCAUACUUGUCGUCGGAGUGCAAAUUCCCCUGCAGCGACACCCGCUCGCUCUGAAGCAUCCCAUGUGCGAUUUCUGCUGAGCGAGAUCCCGAAGCUUUUCGAUAUGAAGUCAAAAAUACGAGCCCAGGAUGUCGUGGAUGCCGUGAAACGCUAUCAUGGUUAUGACAUCUCUAUGCGUCAGGCGCAGCGAGCGCUUACCAAACUUCAACCGCGACAUUCCGAGGGCCCGGAUGAACAGGGGCUGGAUGUCGACAUGAGUGCAGAAGAACACCAGUCGCCUGAGCAAUCCCCCGAGUCGCAGGGAGAAGGGGCACACACAUAUGGGGAGAUAUCUGAGAAUCGCUGGCUUCCAGACCAUCUCCCACCAUCACUGAUCGAUGAUGAUAACAUGUCCCCAAACGAGACCUCAACCGACCACGUACCUGCUCCACCAUCUAGUUCCCAAGUUCUGCCACCUCCACCCCAGGUGCAACACGUACCGAUCCCCACACCAACCCAACCUUCCUUUAACCACAACCCACAUCCAAUGAAUAUACCGCAGUCAGGAGUCGAAUACCAGACCGCUGCUACUUUACCAGUGGGAGUGGUUGGACCUCCGAAAGACUACACUGAGCGCAGCGAUCACGAUGCCGUCCCUCAGAUGGUUCUUACCAACUUCAAGAUUGAAUUCACCUGCACAACCUGCGGGUCACUGAAUCAGAGCUUUUUCCCAAAUCAAGGCAAUGUCACCGGUGCCAGCUAUCUGACCCAUCAUGCUGUACCGAAUCCUGGCAAUGUCCCAAGACACGUCGUACCUACUUCUCAGCAUGGUGUUGGUAGCAGUAGCAAUGCAGUCGGCGAAAACCCUGCUUACGAUAUUAAUAACUCCAACACACCUAACAUCCAGAACGCCUGGCCUGGUGGUGGCCUAGGAGUUCAGAUUGGACCGGCACAUACCUAA